AUGCUCCGGAAAAACAUUUAGAAGUGGGCUGGACAAUGGGGAAAUAUUUGUAAACGUUAUAGAAAAUUGUAGGUCUUUCGCUUUUGCUAAACACUACAUAAUGGGAAAGAAACAUAAAAAACACAGACCCGAAUGGAGGACUGUUGAUGAUUAUGAGGAAAAAACUUUGGAGAAGCCACUGAAACUGGUGCUGAAAGUGGGAGGCACCGAGAUCACCGAGCUCUCAGGUUCUGGACAUGACUCUAGUUACUAUGAUGACAGAUCUGACCAUGACCGUGAACGCCACAAAGAAAAGAAGAAGAAAAAGAAGAAGAAAUCCGAAAAGGACAAAGAUAAGCACGUAGACGAUGAGGAGAGAAGGAGAAGGAAGGAAGAGAAGAAGAAAAAGAAGGAGCUGAGGGAGCAGAGUGAAAAUGCCGCUAAUGCACCGCUUGAGCCCUUUGCUCUGCCAAAACCUGUUGAGCCAUUAGAGGAAAAGAAACGGAAACGGGACAAGUUUUAUUCAGAGGAUGGUGGUGAUGAGUUCCAUCCCAGGAUUAAGGUUGAAGUUGAACAGGGAGGUGACAGGCCAGUCCGAUCAUGCAGGACCGCGCAAGACAGUGAUAGUACCCCAUUUCAGCAGAUCCUGGAGCAUUUCAUCCGACAGCUUCAGAGGAAAGACCCAAAUGGGUUCUUUGCAUUUCCAGUGACGGAUGUCAUUGCCCCUGGGUACUCCACAAUCAUCAAGCACCCCAUGGACUUCAGCACAAUGAAGGACAAGGUCGAUGCUAAUGACUACAAAACAGUCACAGAGUUCAAGGCAGAUUUCAAGCUGAUGUGUGACAACGCUAUGCUGUACAAUCGACCUGAGACGGUUUAUUAUAAAGCUGCCAAGAAAUUGCUCCACACAGGAUUCAAGAUGAUGAGCAAAGAACGGCUCCUGACACUGAAGCGCAGCAUGUCUUUCAUGCAGGACAUGGAUUUCUCCCAGCAGGCAGCCAUUUUGGGCGAUGAGGACAUCGCUGCCGAGGAGCCAGAGCCUGCUGUCAUCCCCACCCCUGUGGAUUCAGCCAAAAAGUCUAAGAAGCAGCCCCAACACAUAGAGCCCCUCAUCAGUGAUCUUUAUGAGCAAGAGGGAACUGCCUGUAGCUUGACGGACAGCACAGCAGAAGAGCAUGUCCUAGCGCUGGUGGAGCACGCCGCAGAUGAAGCACGAGAUCGCAUCAACCGCUUCAUGCCCAACUCCAAGAUUGGUUACCUAAGGAAAGAGGGAGAGGGGCUCCUCUACACUGUCGUCAAUCAGCAGGAACCAGAUGCAGAAGAGGAAGAGACCCAUCCCGUGGACCUGAGUUCACUAUCAAAUAAGCUCCUACCUGGUCUAACAGCGCUGGGGUUCAAAGACGACAGGAGGCAUAAGGUGACGUUCCUCAGCAGUGCAUACAACACGCAGACCCUCCAGAACAACUCCAUCUACCCUGACCUGCUCCCGGAGGAGAUGGACCAGCUGUACUCGGCCUACGGGGACGAGACAGGAGUGCAGUGCGCCCUCAGCCUCCAGGAGUUUAUAAAGGGCUGUGGAGGCAUCACCAGGAAGCUUGUGGAUGAACUGCUGGAUAAGAUGACUGGUGGGGAUCACUCCAAAGCAGUGUUCCAGAUCCGACAGAAAAGAAACAUGGAUACAACCCCAGAUGAAAUCAAGAGUAACAUCUCUGACGUGCAGGAUGGGAGUGGAACAUCAGGAGAGGGCAGCUCAAUGCUGGACUUCAUGUCCAUGAAGAGCUAUCCUGACAUGUCUCUUGAUAUGUCCAUGCUCAACAAUCUGGGCAAGACGGUGAAGAAGGAACCGGAACACGACGAUGGCCACCAGCACUUUGACGAAGCUGCCAAGCUCCUGCAGGAGUUCCAGGAGACGCAGGUGGACAGGGUGGGCUCCAGGCCCUCGUCCAAUCUGUCCUCCCUCUCCAACGCCUCCGAGAGGGACCAGCACCAUCUGGGGAGUCCAGCACACCUUGGUGUUGGAGAUCAGUCAGACAUGAUGCACGACCCGUAUGAGUUUCUCCAGUCUCCUGAGCCAGGCACCACUGCCAAUAGUUGAUGGAUGCACUCCCCCCUCCAACCUGACGUCCGCUUGUACAUGGCCUUUCUCUCUGCUGUGUAAUGUGUCUACUCAAAAUUGAUUGGACUGACUCAAAAUGUCUUUUGAGUGUGUUGUGUGAUUUUAAGUUGUACAGAUGUAUUUGUAUUGCCUGGUUAUGUUUGAGAAUAAAUGCUCUCCCAGCAUUUUUUUAAAAACAAUGUUUUUGUGUUUUUCUUGCCUGGGAGCAGCAAAGAUA